UCGACUAUUCGCAUAGCUGGAUAGUCUUCGUAGAUGAGUUCUCCCCUAAAUGUUUGUAACUUUUACUGGCUCAAUUUUUAUUCAAAUAUUUAUCCUGGCUCAAUAUCGAUCCAUUUUUUCAAUUUUUAGGCAUUCACCUUUGCAUUUAUUUUUUCGCGCUCUUGCGAACAUUCCUUUAUCUUGCACAUAUACCCAUGCCACCAGACUUCUAUCCGCUCAAGUGGGUCUGUGCCAUAGUUCCCGACGUGCACCCUGAUCAGCUCGAGCACGCAGCACGCAGCUCCUCGUUCGAUGUGGCACGCGCAGCAUUUGCCAGGCUUCUGCAUCGUCUCCUGAGGUCCUAGUCCGCGGCCGUACGAGUGUAACGAGCCGAGUGUGACGUCACUCAGUGCAGUUGCGAGGACUCCUGCAGCGCUUCCACGACGUUCCUGGCUGCGGCCAAGUUUGCAUCGGCGCCGCCACACUGCGCGGUUUCCCGAUGAGCGGCUUUGCCCGUCGCUUGUGGCUGCACUGCCAGAAUCUAAACAUGGUUGGCCGCGGGUCGACGCACAGGGCUGAGCAAGUCGCCGCGUGCCUCCUCGCCGAGGAAGACGGGGCAGUCUUCAUUCAAGGUUUCCUGCAAGUGCAUGCGCAGUCCGUAAACGAUGGGCGACCUGGCGGGCCUCUUCCGCUCUCUCGGAGCUUCCACGUCGCACCGGUUUUGGGGCACGAGCGCGGAAGCCCACAAGUGUCCGGACCCUUCGCCGUUCAGAGUGUCCCGACCCUGCAGCGCCGCUUCCCUGCUCGACGCUGGAGGACCGCACGCAGCCGCGCGGCCACGCGCACCGCGUGCUUCGUCGGGGAACUGCAGCGGCCGAGUCUCGACGACGCGGCCGCCCACAAUGCACAGCGACGCGAGGAGAACGCGCUGUCGUGGCACGGCCACGCUUGUUUUUCUCGGUGAUGUCGCUUUUCUGUGCCGUCACUUCUGGCGGCUUAAGUUCGUGCGCUUUCUUAACGAUUGUAUUACAUUUUUAAUUAAAUAAGGAUUUCGUUGUC